AAACAACGUGUUGUUACAUCUGUACACAGUCCAAUUUCCAUUUCCAUUUUCCAAUUCCAAUUCCAAUUCCAAUUCCGUGUGCCCUGCCCACUCAUCACACCAGACCGACCACGCCCCAAUUCCUGCCAAUACUAGGGUUUUGCUCUCUAUCACGCAACUCAUGUUCUCCAUUUCUUGAUUCUCUCCCUUCGAUUCGAUUCCCUUUUUGUUCCUAUGGAACAACAGCACCCGGAAACAACAACCACCACCGCUGCGGCGGAGCUCGUGAGCGGUGGUUUAAAGAAUUUAGAGAAGUCGGAGAAGCUCGUCGGUGUCCCUGUCAAGCCCGCUCGCGAUGUUGACAUGGCGGAGAGAGACGAUGGUUGUUGCCACGUGACCGUUUUGAAAAGGAAGCGUGGUCGUCCAGCUAAGAGCCUUACGAAAACGAAAACGAAAACGACUCCUCCGUCGAAGGACGACGAAGAUGUUUGUUUUAUAUGCUUCGAUGGCGGCAGCCUCGUUCUCUGUGAUCGCCGGGGUUGCCCUAAAGCGUAUCAUCCCGCGUGUAUUAAGCGAGACGAGGCUUUCUUCCAAUCAAAGGCCAAAUGGAAUUGUGGUUGGCAUAUAUGUAGCGUAUGUGGGAAGGCAUCCCAUUAUAUGUGCUAUACUUGUACGUAUUCUUUGUGCAAGAGAUGUACAAAGGAUGCUGAUUUUGUCUGUGUCAGAGGAAAUAAAGGUUUAUGUGGAAUAUGCACGAGGACUAUAAUGCUGAUUGAAAACAGUGCCCAGGGAAAUAAGGCAAUGUGUGAAGUGGAUUUUGAUGACAGAAGCAGCUGGGAGUAUCUUUUCAAGGUGUAUUGGAUUUAUUUGAAAGAGAAGCUAUCUUUAACGUUUGAUGAGCUCCUUCGUGCUAAAAGCCCAUGGAAAGGUGCUACUCCUAUGAGUUGUAUGGUUGAAACUCCUCAAGAAUUUUUUCUUCUUAAAAAUGACAAAGUUUCUGGUUAUGAGAACUCCAGUAUAGACACAGAAUCAAAUAAUUCGAAAAACAAGAAGUCUAAGAGAGGAGAUAAACAUAGACAUAUUUGUGAUGGUGUCUUGAAUGAUAUUGGAUGCAGUACACAAGACUUAACCCAUAUCCGUGAGCCAACUGGGAGUAUAUCUAUAAUAAAGAACCAAAUUAACCCUAAUGUAUCAGCAAUUGAAAAUAGCACUAAUGCAGGAGAUGUGAGAUUAGAAGCGUCUGGUGUUGCAGCGGGCAUUUCAUUAGUACUUCUCUCUACAGGGAUGGAGCAGCCAAUUAGUGAUUUUGUGGAUGAUAAAUCAUGGCAUUAUCAGGAUCCAACUGGGAAGGUUCAGGGACCUUUUUCUAUGUUGCAGCUGUCUAAGUGGAAUGCAAGUGGACAUUUCCCUCCUGAUCUCCGAAUAUGGAAGGUAGAUGAGGAACAAGAUAACUCUAUAUUGUUAGCUGAUGCACUAAGUGGGAAGUUUUCUAAAAAUGUGUCAUUGCCAUACAACAGCAUACAGCUAUCUUUGGAGGCCAGUGUUACAUUGGAUAAUAAAGAGAAUAGUCAGGAUGGUGGGAGCAUUGUCACAAGGAACGGAAAUCAUGCAAACAGCCAAAUUGUCGAAGACAGCAGGGAGCAAAGGGUGGAAGAUACUUGUACCCAAUCUAAUGGCAAAGAUGAAUCUGUUAGGAGCAAUGGAUGGCACUUUCAGUCUCCUUGUUGGACUGUACAAGCAGAUGGGAAUAACAAUGAGGAACAAAGUGGAAUUCUUGAAAGGAAGGAGGAGUCGUCAAAGGGUGAAAUUUCUUGUCAUGACCGUCCCCAUGUAUACCCUUCCCUACCUUCAACUACCUUUUCUGAGAAAUUGAAUGAGAAUCCUUCUGAUAAAUUAAGGGAAGAUCAUAGGACUGAGGGAAACUCUGAAGAUAAUGGAAAUUGUGGCUCAAACAGGAUUUCUGAGGGUCAGAGUAAUAGUGUGCAAAGUUGUCAGAAACAAUUUGAUGGUGAAGAGAAUUCUGGGCAAUCUUCUGGUCAGAACUGGAGAUGCCCUGAUGUAGUUCAUCCAGCAUGUAAUACAUCUACAUGGCAGGCAAUAUUUGGUGAUCCCUUUGAUUUUGAAGAAUCCGUUUCAGAUCUGUUGGCAGAAGUGGAGGCAAUGGAGUCACUUGAAGGCAUGGAAUCUCCCACUUCAAUCAUGAAAUGUGGUGAGGAGUUGACUGACGGUUGCAUAACUGAUUGUCUCAGUUUUGCACUUGGGCUUAGCCCAAUGCAUGAUGCUGGUAAAGGUGAUGCAGUAAGUUCCACAGGCGAUUUACACUUACCUUCUCAAUCCACAACAGCAGAGGAACCAUUUCGGCAAGCAGAUGUACACCAUCAUGCCUCAAGAAGUUCUGAAGUUGAGUCUACUUUCUCAAAGAUUAGCUGGAAUCCAACCAAUCGAUAUUCCUGGGAUCCAAAUUAUUGACGGACAGAUUAUGUUUACGACCAUUUUUCUUAUCUUUUGGCUGCACAAAUCUUAGACCCACAUGAAUCGGAGAUCCUGUUUAUAACUACAUUCUUUGCAAGCAAUAACCUCUUGCCUUUCCUUCGUUGUUUGUUUGUUGAUGAAGAAAAGCAUUAGUGUUGAGUUUCUUGGUAGUCUAUACUGCUUGGUAAUUUCUUUGAAUUUUAAAUGUGAAGAAGUUAUUAGAUUUUGGGAAUAGA